ACAUGUUAGUUUUGCUCAAUAAGGAACGGGUACGAGUACGACAUUUGUGAUGGGCAACCGAAGAGACGCGCUCAAGCAUAGCAAGGCCGUUAGUAGUAGCACAGAAAGUAGCAGCGUCAAAGGCAAAGAAGAGGAAAAGGCGCCGAACGGCGAAACCGACAAGCCCGAAGGCGGCUUAACGGCAUGGCUGGCGAGCAGUGAAGGUGUAGGCUGGAUGCAGUUUUUCGUCGUAACGAACGCAAUCAUCCUACUGUUGACCACCGGUUUGCCAAGGAUUUGGGAAUCGCUCGACUUUCUGAAAUCCUACUCGUCUUCCGAUUGAAAAACAUUUGCGACGUUCACAUCGAAUCGAAGCCGAAAUCGGCCGAUGAAGAAAAAAAAAGGGGGAUGGCAGAAUCGUCUUUAUGGAUCAAAGUCACGGUGGUAGUGGUCAUUUUGGCUUACUUUUCCAUUAAAAUCAUGCGCUAUAUGGACGAUUGGUACCGACACGAAUUUCACCGUUAUUUGGAAACUGAAAAGAAACGCAAUCCUUAUCUUGUCGAUUCUUGAUCAGCAACCCAUUUUUAUGUAACACACCCUAUAACACUAAUUUGAAUAUGUGCGAGAAAUCUGUGUUUCUUCACUGGCAAAGCGUAACGUCUUGUGGUAGUGCAUUUGUUGUAUCGGUUAAAAACAAAAACAAAAAAAAAAUCUAUAAUUACGACCAGGUAAACCAUUUUGGGGGCGUCCUAUUAUCUGCAAUAGCUGUUUGACGCUUGGUACAUUUCUACUCGUUGAACAAAUACAAUGCAGUGACUACAG